AACAUACAACAAGCAAACAUGAAAAUGCACACGAACGGCCAAUGAAAUGAAGAAGACGACGUACGCGAGCAGUGGCAUUUGAACUACUCUGCCGUCCGAAACCAUAUAUUUUUUCAAGAACAGGUCAAAUGGAAUCCAAACAUAUCAAAAUACAACACCAUGCUCCGUCACUCCAUCACUUUCUAUUAAAGAUGCCUUAGCCUCCUCCUCCUCCUCCUCCUCCUCCCUAUCCCAAUAUCAUCUCCUCUCCAAGUCUUCUUCUUCCUUUCCCCUCUCUAUGGCUUCCCUUGUUAAGCUCUCUUUGAUUCAGAGCGGCGUCCGGCGGUACGAUGCCGUUGGAUGGAAAGCUAGCUUUGCUGAGCAGAAAUCUUUUUCUGAUUCCCUCCCGAACUCGUUGAAAUUGAAUUGCAAGUUAAACAUUUCUUCUUCUUGUUCGAAGACGCGGUGUUUGGGAGUUGGAAUUCCACGUUGCACAACAGAGGUGGUGAAUGAUCGAAUUGUUGAGGAUGAGAAGGGGCAGGAGGGCGGUAGGGUCCUCAGAGUUGGUCUAAUAUGUGGAGGACCCUCAGCAGAGCGUGGGAUUUCUCUAAACUCUGCUAGAUCAGUUCUUGAUCACAUUCAGGGAGAAGAUUUGCACGUAAGCUGCUACUACAUAGACUAUGAACUCAAUGCCUAUGCUAUAUCCUCCGCUCAGGUAUACUCAAAUACUCCAGCAGAUUUUGAUUUUAAACUUGAAAGCCUUGCCCAAGGUUUUUCAUCUCUGUCUGAAUUUGCAGAACAUCUUGCUGCCUCUGUGGACAUAGUAUUCCCUGUAAUUCAUGGUCGAUUUGGUGAAGAUGGUGGCAUUCAGGAGCUAUUGGAAAAGUACAAUAUUCCAUUUGUUGGCACAGGAUCAAGGGAGUGUCGUCAAGCAUUUGACAAGUAUCAUGCAUCCUUGGAGCUUAGCAAACAAGGAUUCAUAACUGUACCUAGUUUUUUAGUGCAGGGAAGCAAAAUAGACGAAUCUGAAUUAUCCAAGUGGUUUGCAAGAAACCAAUUGGACCCUAUCUCAGGGAAAGUUGUGGUGAAGCCAGCUGUAGCAGGAUCAAGUAUUGGUGUAAUAGUUGCUUAUGGUGUUACUGAUUCUCUUAAAAAAGCGAAUGAUAUAAUUUUGGAGGGGAUUGACAAUAAAGUCCUUGUUGAAAUAUUCCUUGAGGGAGGAAGCGAGUUUACAGCCAUCGUAUUUGAUGUGGGAUCUGGCUUUGAUUGUCAUCCUGUUGUUCUACUGCCAACUGAGGUGGAACUCCAGUUUCAUGGCAAUGUUGAUAUAAGGGAAAAGGACGCAAUUUUCAAUUACCGAAGAAAGUAUCUUCCAACACAACAGGUUGCUUAUCAUACUCCUCCUCGUUUUCCUAUAGAUGUAAUUAGAAAGAUUCGAGAAGGAGCGUCUCUAUUAUUCCAACGGCUUCACCUACGUGAUUUUGCUCGGAUAGAUGGAUGGUUUUUGCCUCCUUCAACUAAUGCAUUCUCAUCUUCAGAUGGGAAAUUUGGAAGGACUGAUUUUGGUACAAUAGUAUUCACUGACAUUAACCUGAUCAGCGGAAUGGAGCAGACAAGCUUUUUAUUUCAACAAGCUUCAAAGGUUGGAUUCUCUCAUUCAAAUAUUCUGCGGAGCAUCAUCCAUCGUGCUUGCUUGAGGUUUCCCAAUCUUGCUUUAAACAAUAAUAUAUCUGAUCAUUUGCCAAGAAGAUCAAAAUCCUUGCAGCUAACUGAAACGUUCAGCAAACGUGAAGGGACUCGCAAAGUUUUUGUUAUUUUUGGAGGGGACACUUCAGAGCGGCAAGUAUCCCUUAUGAGUGGAACAAAUGUAUGGCUUAGCUUGCAAGCAUUUGAUGAUCUCGAUGUAAUUCCUUGUUUGCUUGCUCCAUCAAAUGGCAAUUCUUCUGAUGCUAGUUCUAGAGCAGUUUGGUCAUUGCCUUACUCUCUUGUGCUGAGACACACAACAGAGGAAGUUCUUGAUGCCUGCAUAGAGGCAAUUGAACCAGCUCGGGCUGCAUUGACAUCUCACUUGCGUAACCAAGUGACAAAUGAUCUCAUGAAAGGUUUGAAGAAGCAUAGUUGGUUUAAAGGGUUUGAUAUUGCUGAUGAAAUACCUACAAGAUUUUCAUUGGAGGAGUGGAUUAAGCUAGUCAAGGAAGUUCAAGCAACAGUUUUCAUUGCAGUGCAUGGCGGCAUGGGUGAAGAUGGUACACUUCAGUCUUUGCUGGAGGCCGAAGGAGUUCCAUAUACAGGUCCUGGUGUAGCAGCUUCAAGGACUUGUAUGGACAAAGUUGCAACAUCUUUGGCUCUGAGGAAUCUUGCAGAUUUGGGAGUUCUUACCAUAAAUAAAGAAGUGUGCAAAAAAGAGGAUUUGCUAACUGUACCUGCACCUGGGAUUUGGAAUAUUUUGACCUCAAAUCUUCAGUGUGAAACUUUAUGUGUUAAACCAGCAAGAGACGGAUGCUCAACUGGUGUUGCAAGAUUAUGUUGUGUGGAGGACCUUGCAGUUUAUGUCAAAGCAUUGGGGGACUGCCAUCUUCGGAUACCACCUAAUAGCUUGUCAAAGGCACAUGGAAUGAUUGAGAUGCCCAGCCCUCCUCCAGAGCUCUUGAUCUUCGAACCUUUCAUUGAGACUGAUGAGAUUGUUUUUUCAUCUAAAUCUAUCAGCGAAAAUGCACAUCGCCUAAUGUGGAAAGGACACAGUCGAUGGGUGGAAAUAACAGUUGGAGUUAUAGGAAAAUGUGGAUCUAUGCACUCGCUGAGUCCUAGUGUCACCAUUAAAGAAACUGGUGAUAUUUUAUCACUUGAAGAGAAAUUUCAAGGUGGAACUGGCAUCAACCUUACUCCUCCACCUACAUCAAUUGUUAGUAAUGAGGCUUUGCAGAAAUGUAAACAGCAUGUCGAACUGAUUGCGAACACUCUACAAUUAGAAGGAUUUUCACGAAUCGAUGCUUUUCUUAAUGUUGAUAAUGGAGAGGUGCUGGUUAUAGAGGUCAAUACCGUCCCUGGAAUGACUCCUUCCACGGUCCUGAUUCAUCAGGUAGAUAUGACACUCCAAAUUCAUAUGGUGCAGCACAUGCAUGUGUUGGAGCAUUUGAUGGGGAAUUGGAUUGGGUGUUUGUGUCUAGUUUUGCAUGAGCUACUGGAAUCAUGUAGUAAGUAAACUAGCUACUACUUUCUUUAAAUGUUAUACCUUGCUUGGUGCAGGCACUGGCUGAGCAACCUCCUAUGUAUCCGCAUCGGUUCUUUCGCACACUGCUUGAUUUGGCAUCAGAGAGAAGUAAAUAGAAUGUUGUUAUAUUCUAUUAUCUCGUUAUUUUGGAAGCAUUGCGUGUGUAGUUUGUGGCACUGCUAUGGAAUUGCAGCAUGUAGAACUUGCCCCCACCACCCUAUAAACAAAUGUUGAACAUUCUCAGAUAAAUUUGCAAUCAUGGGUCUCAACCAACUGGAUGAAUUCAAGAUGUUUUUUUCACGUGUAAUGAUUUGCAGUGGUGAUACUCCUUGAAUCUCUUGCUUUAA